AUGUCUGUUAAAUUCCAAAAUUGGGAUAGUCUUACUGGCAUUACAACAUUGCUAAAAUUAUUUGCUACUAUUCUAUAUUUUACUGAUAUGAGUCAGCAAGGGGGUCAACAAAAUAUUGCUGCACAAACAAAUCCAUCUUUAGAAAAUCUUACUCCAGAUGAACAAUCCAAACAUUUAACAGAAGGGAAUAAUGAUCCCUUUCCAAGAGAACAACCAGCAAUAAAUGAAGAAAAUCCCCAGCUUCCGACCAUUAUUUGUGGAAUUCCAUUUAAUUAA